CGGACAGGCAUGCGCGCUGCUGUUUAUAUCUUGAUACCGGCCUUGAUUGUCGACGGCGCUUCUUAUGACGUGCCCAAAGUGGAAGUACCAGGUACUCGCCGUUAGCGUGGCAGGCCUGCUUAGUCAGAAGUACUAGCUACUUAGAGCGGGGUUGACACGUGCCAUCAUGUGACUUGACUGCUCCCGUCUUCUCGCAGGGUAGCGACUCCGCGGUUUGGCCCUUUUGCCUCGAGAUGUAGAGCCAUCGCCAGCUUCAUCUGCUACGCCUGCGAGUGACGGGAGAUAGCAGUGUUCUUCCCUGGCCGUUGUGCUGUCGUGUUGUGCGGCCAAUGGGCAACUAACCACAAGCUGCCGUGACGGAGUAUCGCCUCGCCUAGCUAGCUAUCUAUACAUAGAUACCUACCUAAUUUACCCCAACAACACCAGCCUCCACUUUGCCGGCUGAUAUAUACACCUGCGUGUAUAUAUACUGCGCCCAAGGACGUACCUCCAGCCCCCCCCUCACCCUCUACAGCAGAAGUCUCGUCACAGCUAUAGCCAUGGCCUCUCCUCUCAAGGGAACGGCAACCUCUGCAGCAGCCAAAGCAGCCACAGAGACGAAAGCAGCCAUGUCCUCGCCCUCGUCUUCCUCCACAUCCUCCUUCCGCAACUCUCCCUUCGUCCGGGCUGCUCUCCCUUUCUUCAAUGGUGGUGUAGCUGGGAUGACGGCCACAGCGUGUAUCCAGCCUAUCGACAUGAUCAAGGUCCGCCUCCAGCUCGCGGGAGAGGGCGUUAAGGCCGGUCCAAAGCCCAGUGCCAUAGGCGUUGCCCGCGAGAUCAUUACCUCGGGCCGUGUGCUAGAUCUUUACACGGGUCUUUCAGCCGGCUUGCUCCGCCAGGCCGUCUAUACCACCGCUCGUCUGGGUUUCUUCGACACUUUCAUGGGCAUACUGAACGGGCGAGCCGCCUCCAGGAGAGAGAAGGUAACCUUCGUCCAGCGUGCAGCAGCGGGUCUCUCCGCCGGUGGUCUUGCUGCCAUGAUAGGCAAUCCAGCCGACCUUGCCCUCAUCCGUAUGCAGUCCGAUGGGCUUAAGCCCGCUGCUUCUCGUGCAAAUUAUACCUCCGUCGUCGAUGCGUUGGUGCGUAUUUCGCGAACUGAAGGCAUCUCGGCCCUAUGGGCAGGAGCCUUCCCAACCGUUGUUCGAGCCAUGGCCCUGAACUCUGGCCAGCUCACUUUUUUCUCGGAGGCCAAGUCACAGCUGCAGACUCACACCAAUCUCUCGGCGCAGAACAGGACGUUUGCGGCAUCUGCCAUUGCCGGUUUCUUUGCCAGUUUCAUGUCUCUUCCCUUCGACUUUGUGAAGACCAGACUGCAGAAGCAAACCAAGGAUCCAAAGACUGGUGUCCUGCCAUACAAGGGGGUAUUCGAUUGUGCUGCGAAGGUCAUUCGUGAAGAGGGCUGGCUGAGGUUCUACCGCGGCUUCGGAACAUAUUAUGUUCGCAUUGCUCCACAUGCCAUGAUAACACUCAUCGUCGUCGACUACCUUAACCUGAUUACUUGAUGUUGUUCGAUUAAAGAAUUUGAACUGCUAGUGAGUGACAAGUAUCCACUUCAGCCCUUAUGUAAGAUGAAGCUCUCCACCGGUUCAUGCAUGGAAGAUCCAACACCCAACAACAACAACAACAACAACAACAACAACAACACUCAAGGAACAUCAUCAAUCAGCGUUUAUAUACGGAUACUAGCAACAUUGUUACAAGGAAUGAAUCUGUGGGAGCUUCCAUUCCUGGGGAGGAGGGGAAGAAGAAGUAGGAGGAGAAGUAAUGAAGAACAGAUGUGGGAAGGGAAGCAUGCACACCUACCUGCAUUAGCCUGACUUCGAAGACCAAUUAUAUACUUAUUUUGAACCACGAAGUCAGGGAGCUCAUGGCAUUCUUAUGAUCUAAAGAAUCACGAAAGAGGAGGAUUGCUGUUCUCGGUUGUAUUUGCUUUCAUUAUUUUCACAUUGAGUCUGCAUUCGUUAUUCAUGGAUUUUAGUACCCCGGAUCCGGGUAUAACAUCACUUAUCGUCGUUAAGUCUUUUCAAUUGCUAGUCAGUUUCGUUUUUAUCUAUAACUAUAUCCCAACUAAUUAAGAU